ACGCGUUGAGCGAUCAUUUACAAAUUUCUCCCAAAAAAAAAAGGGCUCCAAAAUUCCUGCAGGUUUUAUCUGUUCCCUUGGUCGACCCCCUGCGCCCUCCACCGCCGGCGUGCCUUACGUGCAGCGGCGGCGACCAUCUCUGACUGCGACCAGCUUUGACUAUCUCCGUCGCAACCAACUCCUCCACCGACAGAUGGACGCUCCUGUUGUGGAUGUUGAAGGCCCUCUCAUACGUGAAACAGCUGCAUCAGAAUGGCCAUUCAGUUGUGAUCUGGAAGUGGAUUUCAGCUCAGAGAAAAAUGUCGCCAUGGUUUAUACCGCUUUAGUUGUUGAUAAAGAGUUGCAACCAGACAAAGUAAAGAGGCAUAUGGAGGUAUCCGAUGGCAAACUCCUAGUUCAUUUCGAGGCUGUGGAGGCUAGAUUUCUGCGGGCCUCGUUCAGUGCAUUCGUUGAUGUACUAACAUUAGCCACAAAGGUCAUUGAACAGUUUGGCCCCAAGGAGGGAGUAUGAUCCUUCCCCCUGUUGCGUCCAUGUGUUGAAGUCCAUGCACGUGAAGCAUCCAGAAAUCGUGGGUCUUGUUUCCCUUUUUGUUCAAAAUUCUCUGUGCCAAUGCAUCUUUGUCUGACCCUUAUUUUAAGGAAAAGUUGCAUUAAUGAUGGAUUUGUUUCA